AUGUCAAAAAAAUUAAGCAAAACCAAAACAGCGUUAAACGAGGAAGAAUUGAAAAAGCGAUUUCUAGCUUGGUAUAAUACUUCUAAUGAAAGAAGUGAAGCACGUUCUUUAAAAAAGAAUGACACAAAUAAAAUUAAAAAAGCAAGUGAAAAGAAUAAAUUUCAAUCAACUAAAACUGGAUUAAAAAAAAUUAAAGAUAAGAUCAGAAAAGAUAAUCUUCGUAAGAGAAUGGAAAAAGUGAAUAGUUAUAAUGAAGAUUCAUUACAAGAUAAGGAAGGAAUAAAAAGAGGUAAUCUAGAACGGAACCUUAGAUAUUUCACCUUUAACCCAAAAGAAAUCGAUAAGGAAUUGGAUGAAUAA